AUGAAAUUGAGAAUCGAGGAAGAGAUCCAGCCCGUCGAAGAGGCGAAACGGCCAAAGAUCAAAAAAGCAAAAAUUCGGCGCAAGAAAAAAACUCAAGUUGAUGAGGAUAUGAUUCGUUCGGAAAACUUGGCUGUUGAUAAACUGGAAAUGACCGAUAAUUUCAAGCAAUUCAGUGAAAUGAAAAUUCAGUGCUUGGACUGCGAAUGCUUCGGAACUCUGCGGAAAGUCGGCGACCAAGUCGUUCUCUUCACUGAAGAAGUUCUCUCCACCCGCAGCAUUCAUACGCAAGAGGCGGAUUUGAAAAAAGAGAAAACAUGGAAGGAAAAACGAACUGGCACUCUCUUCAAAGGUCAAAGGGAGUAA